CAUUUUUGUUUACCUCUUCUCUCUCUCUCUCUCUCUCUCUCUGACUUCCAAGAACUUGCGUUACUCGCCCCCAAUUGUCGUACCCAAUCCCACCGUCUGAACGAGGCCCCAUUAGUGCCUAAGCACGCCUCUUUGUCUCUCUCCCCGACUUCCAAUUCCCGUGCCAAUCUGAACGCGUUCUCUCUGGUAUUCAUGUAAUUCUUCAUGCAAAAUGUUUGACUGUGGUUCCAAGUCACAAAUUCUGGGCAGCCAGCGAGAGAAGUUUGUGAGGGCUGCAUUUUCAUGGAAAAGGCAACAGAAGAAUGCAGUCAUGCCCACCCAUACCUGCUAAUAUCUUGUACAAAUAUGCCAUCAAGCCGAAUACAUUAACCAUACAUCAACUUUUUGGACGCUGUCAACUUGGUUCCAUUAGGUCUUUGAGCCAUAUGUUGAUUUAAGGGAAUUUAAUGCUUGCACAAAUCUUCAGUUGUUGGAUGACUUGGACUCCAGGUUAUCAUCUCCCUCUACCUCAGUUGGAAUGAACAAAUGUGGAUUUGGAAUUGAGGGGUUAAAACGUUCUGGUCAAGCAACUAAUACCCCAUCAAAGUCUUUCAAGAAAGGAAUGAGGAAAGGAUCUGAGGGUCUUAAGUCAAUUGGUCGUUCACUUAGAUUUGGGGUGUCUCGGGCAGUGUUUCCAGAAGAUCUUAAAGUAUCAGAGAAGAAGAUAUUUGAUCCUCAAGAUAAAUUCCUUCAGCUGUGGAACAAACUUUUUGUUGUAUCAUGUAUUCUAGCUGUAUCUGUGGAUCCUCUCUUUUUCUAUCUUCCAGUUUUUAAUCAGUCAUCACAGUGUCUAGGUAUUGAUCGAAAGUUAUCGAUCAUAGCUACAACGCUCCGAACAAUAAUUGAUGCUUUCUAUCUCCUUCACAUGGCAUUGCAAUUCAGGACAGCAUACAUUGCCCCAUCAUCUAGGGUAUUUGGACGAGGUGAACUUGUGAUAGAUCCUGGGCAAAUAGCCAAGCGAUACCUACGGGGCUAUUUUAUCAUCGAUUUUCUUUCUGUUCUUCCCCUACCACAGAUUGUGGUGUGGAAAUUUCUGCAUGGAUCAGAAGGCUCUGAUGUACUGGCUACAAAACGGGCCUUGUUCUUCAUUAUCUUGCUUCAGUAUAUUCCCCGAUUUGUCCGGAUGCUACCUUUAACUUCUGAAUUGAAAAGGACUUCUGGAGUCUUUGCUGAAACAGCAUGGGCUGGUGCUGUGUACUAUUUGCUGUUAUACAUGCUUGCUAGUCAUAUUGUUGGGGCAUUCUGGUAUUUGCUGUCUGUAGAACGUAAUGAUACAUGCUGGCAAAAUGCCUGUAAACAUGACAGUAAUGGGGUGUGUAAGACAGACUUCUUAUAUUGUGGGAACCAGAACAUGACAGGUUAUGAUGCAUGGAAUAAUACCAGUGCUUCAGUUCUAAAUUCCAGUUGCGGUGUAGGUGAUGACAAUCCUCCAUUCAAUUUUGGAAUAUUCGAACAGGCUUUGUCAUCUGGCAUUGUCUCUUCCAAGAAGUUCCUUUCUAAAUAUUGUUACUGCCUGUGGUGGGGUCUGCAGAACUUGAGUACACUUGGCCAGGGACUUCAAACCAGCACCUACCCUGGAGAGUCUAUAUUCUCCAUAGCACUAGCCAUAUUUGGACUCAUUCUCUUUGCCCUAUUGAUUGGAAACAUGCAGACAUAUCUUCAGUCUCUUACCAUUCGACUUGAGGAGAUGAGAGUCAAAAGACGUGAUUCAGAGCAGUGGAUGCAUCAUCGCUUGCUCCCACCAGAUCUCAGGGAACGGGUCAGACGCUAUGAUCAGUACAAGUGGUUGGCAACACGUGGAGUGGAUGAAGAAAGCUUGGUUCAGUGUCUACCCAAGGAUCUUAGAAGGGACAUAAAACGACAUCUUUGCCUGGCUUUGGUGAAGCGGGUCCCUCUGUUUGAAAGCAUGGAUGAAAGAUUGCUGGAUGCCAUCUGUGAGAGAUUGAAGCCGUGUUUAUACACAGAGAGCACGUACAUAGUUCGAGAAGGAGAUCCAGUGGAUGAGAUGCUUUUCAUCAUUCGUGGUCGCUUAGAGAGUGUGACAACUGAUGGUGGAAGGAGCGGGUUUUUCAACCGGAGUUUGCUUAAAGAAGGGGAUUUCUGUGGAGAGGAGCUUCUUACUUGGGCAUUGGACCCCAAAUCGGGUUCGAACCUACCCUCUUCUACGCGAACGGUGAAGGCUUUGACAGAGGUGGAGGCAUUUGCCCUAACAGCCGAAGAGCUGAAAUUCGUGGCCAGCCAGUUCAGGCGUCUCCACAGUCGACAGGUUCAGCACACUUUCCGGUUCUACUCGCAGCAGUGGAGGACAUGGGCUGCUUGCUUCAUCCAGGCGGCGUGGCGGCGAUACUCGAAGCGGAAAAUUUUGGAACUUCGCCGGAAGGAGGAAGAAGCGGCAGAAGCCCUGGCCGGGGCGAGCCACGGCGGUGGCGGUGGAAGUUCAUACAGCCUUGGUGCCACCUUCCUGGCUUCUAAAUUCGCGGCAAAUGCGCUUCGUGGGGUUCACCGGAACAGGAACCUUAAGAGUGCGAGAGAAUUGGUGAAGUUACAGAAGCCACCGGAGCCUGAUUUCACUGCUGAUGCAGAUUAAUUAUUAAUUCACCUUCUGUUUACUGCCGAGUGCUGACUGACUUGACUUUGUUAAUUAGUUGCUUUGAACUGGAACUGGAAUGAGAAGCAAUUGUAUGGAUGAAUUGCUGAACAAGUUGUGUGGUAGCCAUGAUGCAUGCUGCUUAGCUUGCCUUCUUCCCUAGUCUUGCGGCUGCAAUAUUUUUAUCCUACGUUAUUUAUAUAUAUAUUUUGUUUACUUA